AUGCCACCGACAGGUUUCUGUGUCGACUGUAGACUGACAGUGCUGUCGGCACAGGUGCGGCACCAGCUGGAGGCCGAGAUGAACCGUGCCGCCCUGGAGGAGGAGGAGCUGCAGCAGCGCCUGGACGCUGCACGCCAGCUGGUGGCACAGAGGGAGGCACAGCUGCAGCAGCUGCAGGAGAGGGCCAUGGCGAGGCUGCGUGCACCGCCCGGACGCAGGCAGGAGGCGGAGCGGAUGCUGAAGCGCGUGUGGCCACAGCUGCAGCGACUGUGCAAGGAGCGCCUGUUGCACUCGCGCGCCAAGCACGAAGUGGAAAGUGCCAGACAGCAGGUGGCCGAGCUGGACGUGUUCGGGCCGCAGCGCACUCUUGCGGCCUACGAAGAGAUGGAGGCCAAUGCCGCUAAGCUAGCAGAGCGCGAACAGGAGCGCGCAGAACAGCUGUACGCUCUGGGCAGCGUCGCCGAGCAGGACCUGCAGCAGGCGGCUCACCUGGAAGACACGCUCCUGGGCACUCGCCAGGCGAUACUCGAAGCGCGUCGCAGGGACGUGCAGGCCUCCGUGGUCCUGAGAAUGGCCCGACAGGAAGUGGUGAAGGCGAAGAUGCACCGUGACGAUUUGUUCAAGGAGAGAAACGAACUCACACGAAAGAUGGAACUCAUGGCGUACCCGGAGCUACUCCGUGACCACGAGGAGGUGCGCCAGCAACUGCAGGUGGCGAAGGAUGAGCUGGACAAGGUGCGCAAGGCAUACUACAUUCAAGAGAAGCGCAUAGCGACGGCGCUCAGGUUGCUGCAGCAGAGAGAGCAGAGUCUGCGCGAGGUAACACAUGGCCCGUCGUCGUACCAGCCCUUCACUGUGCUGCGCAUGGAUGCCAAAUGUGGGCCCUCACUACACGAUCUCAAACGCGACCGCUAG